AUGGUACAAGUUGUACUAUUUAACCUGUAAGUGCAGAAACACUUGUACCUGUGACCUGGUUACCUCAUGAGCGGCAGAUUAAAAAAAAAAAAAGAGUUUGUGUUGAAGUCAGCAGGUGAUAACCAGACACCAGUUUACAUGUGUCAGAGAUAACUGACAUCAUUUGAAUCCAGAAAGGGUAAGCGCUGACUCACCACAGGUCAACAAGCGCACUGUUACUUUCUGAAGUCAUGCUUUCUAUGUAGAUCAGACACUAACCUCUUUCUGUGUGUGUGUUUGUGUGUGUAGGAAAAUAUCGAGCUGUGGAACAGACGGAAGGACAGCACUGAGCCCUUACUGCCUACUACGGUAAAUGUGUUUCUGUGUUUUGUGCGUGUGUGUGUUUCGGUGUGUGUCAUGUUUUCAUACAGAGCAGGUAACGCUUCUCAGCAUGCAAACACACUUCAUUUAUCUACUUCAGUUAAGGGAUGAUUUGACUGUUCGGAGCAGAUACACUUUGAGCUAACACACACACACACACACACACUUGGACACACACACUGAGCUCACUUUGUGCGUGUUUGUGUUUCAGAUCAGUAAAACAUGAAAAUGAGCUCUUAACUUCUCUUACCUGUUCAAACACACACCUGUCUCUUAAUCAUGAUCACUGAAACUAACAGUACAGUGCCCUGAAAAAGUAUUCAUACCCACUGAACUUUUUCACAUUUUGUCACUCUACAACCACAAACUUAAAAGUAUUUUAUUGAGAUUUUUUGUCAUAGACCAACACAAAGUAGCACAUAAUUGUGAGGUGGAACGAAAAUGAUACAUGGUUUUCAAAAAUGUAAACAAAUAAAAAUCUGAAAAGUGUGGUGUGCAUUUGUAUUCAGCCCCCUGUACUUUGAUACCCCUAAAUAAAAUGCAGUGCAAUCAAUUGCCUUCAGAAGUCAGCUAAUUAGUUAAUAGAGUCCACCUGUGUGUAAUUUAGUAUCAGCAUAAAUACAACUGUUGUGUGAAGGCCUCAGUGCUUUGGUGAGAGAAGCAGCCAAGAGGCCUAUGGUCACUCUGGAGGAGCUGCAGAAAUCCACAGCUCAGGUGGGAGAAUCUGUCCACAGGAGGACAACUAUAAGUCAUGUACUCCACAAAUCUGGUCUUCAUGGAAGAGUGGCAAGAAGAAAGCCAUUGUUGACAGAAAGACAUAAAAAGUCCCGUUUUCAGUUUGCCAUAAGCCAUGUAGGGGACACAGCAAACAUGUGGAAGAAGGUGCUCUGGUCAGAUGAGACCAAAGUUGAACUUUGAGUUGAACUGAAUGCAAAGUGCUAUGUGUGGCGGAAAAGUAACACUGCUCAUCACCCUGAACACACCAUCCCCACUGUGAAACAUGGUGGUGGCAGCCUCAUGCUGUGGGGAUGCUUUUCUUCAGCAGGGACAGAGAAGCUGGUCAGAGUUGAUGGGAGGAUGGAUGGAGCUAAAUACAGGGCGAUCCUGGAAGAAAACCUGUUGGAGGCUGCAAAAGACUUGAGACUGGGAAAGAGAUUCACCUUCUAGCAAGACAAUGACCCUAAACAUACAGCCAGAGCUACAAUGAAAUGGUUUAGAUCCAAGAAUAUUCAUGGGUUAGAACGGCCAAGUCAAAGUCCAGACCUAAAUCCCAUUGAGCAUCUGUGGCAAGACUUGAAAAGUUCCGUUCACAGACGCUCUCCAUCCAAUCUGGCUGAACUUGAGCUAUUUUGCAAAGAAGAAUAGGCAAAAAUGUCAGUCUCUAGAUGUGCAAAGCUUGUAGAGACAUACCCCCAAAAGACUUGCAGCUGUAAUUGCAGCUAAAGGUGGCUCUACAAAGUAUUGACACAGGGGGGCUGAAUACAAAUGCACACCACACUUUUCAGAUUUUUAUUUGUUUAAAUUUUUCAAAACCAUGAAUCAUUUUCAUUCGACUUCACAACUAGAAAAGCACUCGAGGAGCGCAGACCUCCGCCAAGCAGCUCAUGUCCCCCCUUAUAUUGUGAUUCACACCAAAACUUUUACUGUUACGUGUCUUUUAUUAACUUUUAUUUGUGUUUAAACUGGUAUGUUCACUGUUCAUAAUGUUCCUACAACAACAAAGCUCAUAUUAGAUACAUAAAUGCAUGAUUUAUUAUGCAAUAUUUGUAAGCGUGCACCUCCUUGUAUCUUCAUUGGUUAUCUUUCAGCAUUGAAAAUUCCAACGACACCCUUAUUUUUGUGUGUUCUGGAUCACAGUAUCUGGAAUUUUGUCUGGAUCAGGAUCAACCUUUGACACCUCAUAAAACUCAUUGAGAUCCUUUUGUGUCAUUUUUUACUAAAGACUCUGGCCAUUUUUAUAGAGUUAAAUGCAGAAAAUUCCAAAAUUUGCCCUAUCUCACAAUGAUAAAGAAUCCUUCAAAAAUUCCUGGAUCCAGAAGGCCAUCCGGAUCACCACCAAAAUUUAAUGGGAUCCUCCUGGGGCUGAGACGCACCUCUGGUGAAAAUUUUAGGUCAAUCCGUUUGUCACUUUCUCUGUUAAGUUGCUAACAGACAAACAAACAAACACACAAACAAACAAACCAACCAACGCCACUGAAAACAUAACCUCCUUGGCGGAGGUAAUUAUGUGCUACUUUGUGUUGGUCUAUGACAAAAAAGCUCAAUGAAAUACUUUAAAGUUAGUGGUCAUAGAGUGACAAAAUGUGAAAAAGUUCAAGGGGUAUGAAGACUUUUUCAAGGUACUGUAAGUGUGUUUUGCCCUGAGACAGCAUCAUAUGACCUGUUUACCGUCCACCUCGCAUCACCUGGACAAGCGCUACAGGGAAAGUGGUGUUAUAGAGGAGUGAUCAAGCAAUAUCCUAUUUUUAACAGCCAAUCCCGAUAACAAGAGGUUUAAUACAGUCAGAUGAAAUGACAGUAGCUUUGGUCACGUUUAGGCUACAUUUCUCAGGUUGCUUAAGUUUAUCAUGAUCAUAAAUGUCUCUGCAUCAUAGAACUCACAGGACUUGGCCUUUAUUAAAUAUUACCUCACUGUAAAUAGAGUCAACUUUGAAGCAAUGAUUAAGACACUUCCAGGUAAACUAGCGUUACAUAACUAAUGUCAUUGGAAUGAUUAUGACUGUCAGAUUCCAAUGGUAGUAGCCUCAUUACUUUGUGCUAGCUUCAAAACUGAGCCUUAAAACUGUGUAUCAGAAACAGAACUUCAGUCUCAUGUUUUAUGUCAAGUAAAAUUAUUACCUCCGCCAAGGAGGUUAUGUUUUCGGUAGCGUUGGUUUGUUCGUUUGUUUGUUGGUCUGUGAACAACUUUACAGAGAAAGUUACAGACAGAUUGACCUGAAAUUUUCACCAGAGGUGCGUCUCAGCCCCAGGAGGAUCCCAUUACAUUUUGGUGGUGAUCCGGAUCGCCUUCUGGAUUUUUUGAAGGAUUCUUUAUCAUUGUGAGAUAGGGCAAAUUUGGGAAUUUUUGCAUUUAACUCUAUAAAAAUGUCCAGAGUCUUUAGUGAAAAUUACACAAAAGGAUCUCAAUGAGUUUUAUGAGGGGUCAAAGGUUGAUCUUGAUCCAGACAAAAUUCCGGAUACUGUGAUCCAGAACACACAAAAAUAAGGGUGUCGUUGGAAUUUUCAAUGCUGUAAGAUAACCAAUGGGCGGCACAGUGGUGUAGUGGUUAGCACUGUCACCUCACAGCAAGAAGGACCUGGGUUCGAAUCCGGGUCAGGGCAUUUCUUGUUUUAGGAACAUUAUGAACAGUGAACAUACCAGUUUAAACACAAAUAAAAGUGAAUAAAAGACACGUAACAGUAAAAGUUUUGGUGUGAAUCACAAUAUAAGGGGGGACAUGAGCUGCUUGGCGGAGGUCUGCGCUCCUCGAGUGCUUUUCUAGUUCUUCAUUACUUUUGGUUUUCCAUGAACUUUAAAAUCUAAUGUACAUGGUCAAGAUGACAUGUUUAUCUGUCUAAAACAAUAUAUAGCACAAGGAAGGAAGUAAAUUUAGUGAAAUAAACAUGGAGAAGUAAAAACAUGUAGAAGUGAACAUGACUGUGGUCCUGACUGUGGGAACUAGGGGAACAGCAUUAAUACCUAACAUGUCAGAGGUGGUAAAAACUGGUGUUUUAACAUCCUGUGCUGUUUUGAGGUAUUUUGCAUUGUGUUUCAAACUUUGAAAAAUGUUUAACAUGUUUGGAUAAGUUGAAAGUCAUUUAAAUCUGUUUUAAGGUGUUUUACCCUGUUAACUGUUUUGAUGUGUAUGUGUCUGAAUGGUUGUUUAGUUUUAAGGUAUUUUUGUAACUUUUAAUUUGUUUUAUUGUCUUUUUCUUUGUGUGUGUAUCACAGCCUGUUCAGAGGACGUUUGAUUACAUCCUGGUAGGUGAGAAAGUGGAAGAUGAGUCUGAUCCAAAAGCUCAGAGACAGAGAGCGUUCAUCCAGCAGCUGCAGAAGAAGAACAUGACAGUUACCGUCAGUCUGCCCUCUCUAUCUUAACCUGUCACAUGAUCCCCUUAUUAACAAAAACACAUAUGUAUAUCUAUGCCACAUAACCUAAUAUAACACAAAUUUCUGUUUUUCAGGAAAUCACUCAUGAUGAUAAGGUCUUUUUUGGGAUCCGUGCUCCUCGUGAGGUGUUUGAAGACUAUCAGUACUUGCUAAAGGUGUCUGACUCCUGCAACUGGUGUGGGGAUGUGAGGGGGGCUGUCACCCAGGCAACCAGGUGAUACGCAUACAUGCAUGCACACUCUGUUUGUAUGUUUGGGGUUAUUUACAUUUUGAAGUUUAAUUGUGAGACCUAAAUGUGUUUAAUAAGACUUAACCAUGGUCACAAGCUAAACAGACUUACUACAGACCUAGCAUAUCUGUUAAUAUCAGAGAUAUAUUAAGAGAUAAAAUAUAUAAAUUCACAUAAUCCUGUGUGUUCUCAUCCUCAAUAAAGUUUUAAUUCACCUGAUUUCAUCUUUUUAUUUUUUCUACAGAAUCAGAAUUGUCCAUUUCAUCCUUCAUCAGACCUUCAUCAACACAGGAGGUCAGUCUUAAAAAGACUUUUGUGGUAUUUUAUCUUAUAAUCACAUGUGUUGCCCUCAGCUCUUCAGUCUUUAUAUUUUUAAUAUAUCAGAUCUGCAGAUAUGAUGUGUAAUUUUGAUUUUUUUAAAAUCAGAGAACCUGAAAGAGCUGAUGAUGAGGGACGUGUUUGAGACCACAUUCUGUCUCCAUGAGGUGAGUCACUCUGUGAAACAUCUCCGUCUGAAUCUAUUUACUCCCUAAACCUGGUUUUAAAGUCAUUAUCUAUUCAUUUAUAGACUGUAAGCUGCACCACAGGACUCGCUACAACAUAACUGCAUGACCACUCCCAAAAAGGCCUCUUCUUCAACAUCCGGUUGAAUAGUUAAAGUAGUUAAAAUAAAAUUUAAAUAACAGACUGUUAACAUUAUCUUAUAACAGGGAAAUGGGACCAGAUUGGCAUAAAAAUGAGAGUCUGAGAAUAUCAUUGUGAUAUAAAAAGAAUAAUGUCAAAACUUUACAAGAGAGUUGUUAAAAAAAGUAAAACAUGCAGGAGUUUCAAAUGUUGUUGAAUUAACUCUAGACCUCAUGAGAUUAAAGUCAUAAAUGAACAAUGGAUUUUUUUAAAUGUUCAACUUUUCCUGAGUGAUUUUCUCACAAGAAUAAAAUUGCGGUAAACUCAUAUUUUAAACUUGUUUAUUUGUCUAUAAUACUGUUUCGAAGGUGGCUCCCUCACGUCUUCAUUUUUUGCACUAUAUUUACAGAGUCUCGAUACUGAUUAAAUUUUUUUGCUGAGGAGACAAAACAUUAAAGUCAGUUUAACGAGACACACCAAACACAACUGUGUUAUUCUCUUAAAUCUCCACACUUCCUUUCUGAUAUAUCUUUGAUAGCCUUAAUAGGUGUCCCCGCACUCUUUGCAUCCACAUUUCCUUGGCGCUUCCCAGCUGUCCUGCCCAAUAAGAGCAAAAGUAUAACAAAAUGUGAUGUUGAUAUCUGUGUGUUUUAUUUCCCAUAAUGCUUAGAGAAAGAAGCAGAAAUACCUGCAGCAGAAGUGGGCUCGAUGGUCGGGUCUGUUUGUUAAUCAACCUGUCAGCGAAGUCAAGUCAGUACCUUUGUUUCUGCGUGUGUAGUUCAUGAAAUAAGGUGUCUGCACACUGUCUACCUGAUUAUGUACCUGUGUCUCUGCGACCUGCAGGUGCUACUUUGGAGAGAAGGUGGCGCUGUACUACCUGUGGCUGGGCUGGUACACUAAGCUGCUGGUUCCUGCUGCUGUUCUAGGCGUGGUUGUGUUUUUGUACGGUCUUGCCUUCUUCAACACUAACCCCCUCAUGUAAGUGUCUGACCUUUGACCUUUCAUGUCAGUGUUGUGAAGACGGUUUGUUAAAAGCUAGUUAACAGAAUGAAGACAGAAUAUGAUGCAACAAACUGUUCCUGUUAAACAAGUUUCUCCAGAAGUUAUAACCUUAAACCCUUUAACCUGAACCUGUGUGUGUGUCUGUAUCUCUCUGUGUCCCUGUGUGUGUGUGUCCUCAGUAAAGAGGUGUGCAAUUCCAGUGUGAUCAUGUGUCCUCGCUGUGAUAAGAGGUGUCAAGUGUGGCAGCUAAAAGAUACCUGUACCUACGCCAAGGUAGCUCAUAUGUCAGAUUAGGAGAGUUUUUAGUAUAAACUCUGACAUUGAUCAUACAGCUGUUUCUGUUUAUUCACGUUUAUAUUUAUCAAUAUUGAACACUUUAUGGUGAACAUAUUAAUCCUGUGUACUCUGUUUCAGGUCAGCCAUCUGUUUGAUAAUGAGGGGACAGUCGCCUUUGCCAUGUUCAUGGCUAUCUGGGGUGAGUGAUCAGAUCUUGAAUAAUAAAUACUACAAUGGUGUUUGAUGUACAGUAUCUGCUGUCUUGUUUUUCUCAUCAGAUCUAAAAUUAUUUCCUGAAACUCAGUCGUGUAGUAGAAUAUUAUAUUUCACAGUGAAAACACUUUCAUGUGUUUUCACUGUGACGCCCCUCUAAGUGGCUCAGAGAGCAUUUCAGUUGUUCCAUUUAAUAAAUUUCCUGAAUUAUUUUCUUCCAUCCAGUGACUAUUGGAGGUUCCUUAUUCAACCAUUUUCUGGUGGUUGUCUCUCUACUUCCAGCUAGUAGUAUGUUUAAUAAGUAUCUGUCCUGUUUCUUAUGUCCACUUAAGGAAAGUUAAGCUCAGACUAACUAUAGAUCUAACUGCAGUCACAAUAUCCAACCAUUGAGAAGAAAUAACAGGAAAAGUCCCAAAAUAUAUGAAAAUGACCUUCAGACAUAUUACUAUAUAUUCUCCAGCAUUGACCAUACUUUGGAUAGUUUUUUGGUAUUUGUUUGAUUUUGAGUGUUAUCAUGUUUUUCAAGUUGUAUUCUCUUCACAGGUGAGAGCUUGAUGUGGUCGAUAACAUUUUUAUCCUCCUCUGUCAAUUUUAUGUUAGUUUCUUUCUCCCAUCUAGCUUUGAGAUAGAGUGUAGAAAGACCCCUAUUCAGCUGUAAAAAGGAGUAGAUUCUGGAGAUCCUUCUCUCUUCUUUUUACCAUUAAUCAUGUCAACAGAAGUCUUAAUCAGACCCUUCUCCUCCUCCUCAGUGUUUCUAAUGUAUUUUUCAAAAUAAGUUCGUAGUUGUGAAUAAAUGAAUGAAUGAAUGAAUGAAUGAAUGAAUGAAUGGUUUUAUUUUUGGUCACAAUAACAACAAAUGAGAAACAAACAGAAUUAUAAACUUGACCAAAAAAAGGAUUAGGCGGAAGCACAAUGCUUAUAGUUGCCUAUCCUUUACAAUCCUUAUAACAUCAUUUUAAUAUUUAAAACAGUUGAUAAUGUUGAAAUAAGAAAAAAAAAAGAAAGACACUUUAAUAUUAAAAAGAAAACAUUAAAAUAAUAUGUUGCACUACGAAAAAAAAAAAAAAAAAAAAGGAUGAAAGAAAAUGUCUUACUCAAAGCUGUAUGUACUCCUGAAUUAUUUUGCUUUUUAAUGCUUUUUUAAAUAUUACCUGUGAGUUACACAAUUUUAACCCAUCGUUAAGGUUAUUCCAUUGCUUAACUCCCCAAACUGAAACACAUCUAGCUUUCACAUUUGUUCUUGCUUUUUUAUCUGUUUUAAAAAUAUAAACCCCUCUUAAAUUGUACCGUCCUUCUCUUGUUUUAAAAAGACGUAGAAUACAACCUGGGAGGCUUUUACGCUUAGCCCGAAAAACAUAUAUACCUAUAGAAAUUCUGCCUCCCUGUAAAAAGGAAUGUAAACCUUUAUUAUUGGCUAUAGAACUACAUGAUGUGAUCCCCUUAUUGACCCAUUGUUUGAAUCUGAUAUCUGCUUAGGCUGGUGUGAAGUCAGAGUCAUGAGUAACCCGGCGUAGUAUUCUAGUGUCUUUUUCACCUUUUUUAUCAUUUUAUUUUUAUACCAAAUAUUUAAAGGGACAACACUCCAUUUGGAAAGCUUCUCUAAAUUUUUCUUUUUGAGAUUUUUGUCUCCCAGUAUAGAUUGAGGUGGGAUGUCUAUUUGAGUUUGCUGUAAGUUCUUCCAUUUUGCAUCAAAGCCAGGAUCAUACCAGCAAACCAAUGUAUGCAGUUGUACUGCGUUAUAAUAUUUUUUUGGGCAGAGCCAUUUUUUGGGCAGAGCCAUUCCACCUUGAUCCCUUGGUAGUUGUAGUGUCUGAAAUAAACAGGUAUGACAAGAAAGGUGAAAUGGAUACUGUGCAUACAAAGGGAACUGUUUGGACGGAGAGGAAUCAGCAUUGAACAUUUCUAAAGGAGGCGGACAAGAUGUUUUCAGACGAAGAGAUAUUUUUAAAGAUGCUGUUAUUUUUUUCUAGGUUUGAGGGGUCUGUGAGUAAAAUGAGCCAGAGGUUUAGAUAUUGGUUCUGUUUUUCCAAUUAAAUAUUAUUAUUAUUAUUACUACUUUGCAAUGGUUAAUGACAUACAGUGUUUGGAAGUGGAAAGUGAAGAAAUAUUGCAAAGGAGUGCAAUAAAUGGACAUACGAGGAUGUUGAGGCUGUGGAUCUCAGACACCUCUGACCAGAGGGAUUGACUGAAUUAGCAGGUCCAGAGCUCAUGGUAGUGGUUACCAGUUGUGGUUGGACAGUGUGGACUGUGUUAUUUUGGCUGAAUCCCAUACAGUAGAGUUUUUAAGUGUUGACAUGGGUUCUGUGGAGAACUUGAUACUGUUGCAAGACAUAAAAAAUGUAUUACUGCAUAUAUUUUUCAGUUGAGGUCUGAUGAAGGGUUAUUACUGAUGUCUGUGGUGCAUUUUUCAGUGGUAAGGGGAAAAGGAAAGGGAAGGGCUGGAGUUGUUGAAGGUUAUGGGAUUGAUCUGUUUUCUGAUGACUUCUGUUAACUAAAUAUUUUGAAAGUAGAAGUGCUCCAGUGUGUUGAAAGGACCUUGUAGUUAAAAUGGUAAUGAAAUGAGUCUGUUAAUUAUUAUGAAUGCAGGAGGUGAGUUGUACAGUGUUUUUGAUCCAAUCGAUAAAGGAAGGAAACCAAAGUGGUUAAGGACCAGUCUACCCUAUUAAACACCUUCUCUGUAUCUCAGUGUAGCUAUGAUGGAUGAUGGGAGGAGCUGUUUUUGAUGAGAGUUAGUUAAAUUGAAUAAUCUCCAGGGUUUUCUGAGGAAUGCCUCUCUCCCUUUGCGGAAACCAGUUUGAUCCUCAAGUAUUAAUGAAGAGAUUACUGACUCCAGUCUGACUAAUAAAGCCUUGCUUUGACUUUGAGGACCAUGCUUUAAACUGUUUAUCUGAACCUGACGGGAAAUCUAACAAAAACAUAGGUGUUGAAGUUACUUUGCUUGCCUCUCAGCUCAGAUUCGUGUGUUUUUUUGUGUGUGUGUGUUUCAGCCACUCUGUUCCUGGAGUUAUGGAAGAGGCACAGAGCUCGUCACGUGUCUCAGUGGAAGGUCUAUGACUGGUGUGAGGAGGAGGUACGGCUCACUUUGAACUCUCCAACCAAACCUGCUAAAUGAGACUCAUUAAAUCCACUGAUAGAAUGGUUUGUAAUUUAACCGUUGUUUGCAGGAGGAGCUGAUUCUUGACAUUGUCAGUUCUCCAGACUGUAAACCAAAACAGUUCAGACACUCGUACCUACGCAGCGCCCUGGUCCUCAUCAUGGUGACAUUCAUGGUAAGAAGCAUAAACACACACAGAGAGACACACAAAUUCUCUUUUUCAUUUACCCAGUGGUGAAAGCAGAAUGUGUGUGUGUGUGUGUGUGUAUGCGUGUCUCAGCUGUCCCUGAUCAUCGGCCUGGCUCACGCCCUGGUGGUGUUUCGAGUGGUCGCGGCCCCGUUGUUGGAUGAGGGCGGCUCGGAGUUCAUCAGGGAUCAUGCUAACUCUGUGGCAAUGAUGUUAGGAGCCGUGCUCCACUACGUCACCAUUCAGAUCAUGACGCGGGUAUGUACACCUGACCUCUGACUUGUUACUGUCAGUGUUUGUCAAAGGUUAGUGGUUACUCUCAGAGGUUAGCUUAGGCUACUGAACAGAAAUUUUUGACCACAGACAUGAAUAUCUGUGAAUAGUAAAGUGAAUAUAAGUGAAGUGAAUAUAAAAUUAAGAUCUCUGAGGGGAAAUAACAUAAUAGCAUAAGCAGUAUGCAGUCUGUAUAUUGGACUAAAAAGAGUAUCAAAAAGUAUGUAGAGAGUCUGAUUUUAAGGACUCAAAUCACACACAUGAAGCACAUAACAUCGAGUCAUAGUGAGGACGCCCCCUAGAAAUCUAAUGAAAUUCUCUAUUUGGUUAAACCCCCUUUUUCUUGUUCAGACUCUCAGAUACACCAUUAGAGCCCUGACAGAACAGCUAAGAUAUGUUUAUGUAUAUCGAAAACCUUCAGACACAGCUGUUACCUCGUUAAAUCAUCUAACUGUGUAAUAACUGUCUGCUUGUGUUUUUUAUGACCUUUGACCUCCUGCAGGUGAACAGAUGGGUCUCCUUGAAGCUCUGUGAAAUAGGUGAGAACACAGAACUGUGUCCAUUGCAGCUACAUAAAUGGAAUAAAAUGCACGAAAAUAAUGCAAUAAGCAAUCCGCUGAUAAAGACUACUGUAACCCAAUGACAUUAAUUGUGAUUUUAUUUUUUAACACUUCAUCUAAAAUAUCAGAUAAAAACUGUCUAUAAAAAGGAAAACAUUGUUUUUGAAAUAACAACUUUGCACAUAAAUGAAGUUGAGGUUUAGUCUCAUAGUCUGGCCGAAACUAUUAACCAAUCUUUGUUUUUAGACCACAAUGUUUACCUCAAUACAUUUUUAACAAAAAGCAUUUAUACCAGUGGCGAUUGCUCUAAGACUGCAAGGGAAGCUCGGCUUCCCUUAAAAUGUCACCCCCCAAAAAAAGAAAAAGUGGUGAAAUAUGUACUGCUGUGUGUACAUUUCAUUAACUAAAUACGCACUAGAAAGCCUUCAUCUUUUGUUCAGAAUCAGCUUCUUAUCACAGUUUGAUAAGAAGCUGAUUCUGCACAACUUUGUUCUCAUUCAUCCUCGCAGCGCCUCAGCGCUUUAAACAGCCGGACGCUCAGCGUCUGCUGACUUCAAUGUAGAAGCUCAAAGUGGGUUGUUCCAGCAGCGAAACUAGACGCUCAUUGGAUAAAUGCUGGGCUUUGUCCCGCCCAUCGGACGCUCAGCUUCUCUGGAGUUCUAUGGCGAGAGGGCGGUCCCGACUUUCUCCCGGACUCUUCUGCAUCCAUGAUUGGCUGAGCUGUCUGAGGCGAAAUCCUUUUUUUGAUUGACAGCUAAACAAGCGAUCUUGAAGAAUAAAACAUCUACCAAAGCAUUUUCCAAGUUAUUCCGUUGUUCUUAACUGCUCCGGAGACUUUACCGAUCCUCAGCGACUUUUGUCUUUGUUAAAAACAACUGCCGUUGUGUUUGGCGACUCUGUUCUGUUACAUACUAAUAAACAAACACAAUUAUGAUGUAGGCCAGAAAAAUGAGCUUUUCCUCCUUGAGAGACCAGCAGCCGCCACUGAUUUAUACACUUUAUUGAAUAUACUGUAUAAAUUGAUACCUCACAUGAAGUAGUUCAGUUCAUAUAUAUAUUGUAUAUACUAGGUAAAUAUUAUGUGUGUUUUUGUGUGUGUUCAGAGAAGACGAACUCAUUCGCUGCCACUGAGAGGAGCUUCACAGUGAAGAUGUUCACCUUCCAGUUCUUCACUCUCUUCUCCUCACUCUUCUAUGUGGCCUUCUUCCUGGGCAGGUAAAACACCUGUGUGUGUGUGUGUGUGUGUGUGUGUGUGUGUGUGUGUGUGUGUGUGUGUGUGUGUGUGUGUGUGUGUGUGUGUGUGUGUGUGUGUGUGUGUGUGUGUGUGUGUGCGUGCGUGCGUGUGUGUGUGUGUGUGUUCAUAUGUUUCUGUCCCUUUACGUGUCAGGUCCUGCAAACUACCAACUGCUCAUCAAAACGUUUCACAUAUAUUACCUCUCUAUCAACUGAAAACAUAAAAGGUUGUCAAAAAAUGGCUUAUCAUUUUUAGUUGAUAGCAUUUCCAUGGCAACAAAUUUUUAAUUCUGGACAAAUUAAAAUGUAACUCUAUAUAUUAUGAUCAAACAGAAACAUUAGCCUCCUUGUUUUUUUGUUUUAAUUUAUAUUAAAUCAAACAUUUCAAAGAUUACGUCCAACAAAGUGAAGAAGUCUUCUUCAGGAAUGUCCUCACUUCUAGCACUGCUGCACUUACAGCUACAGUAUGUUAUGGUUUAAUCAAUUUGUAGAGACCAUCUCCUUAGACAUGCUCUUAUCAGCUUUGCUGCACAUUACCUGGUUGCAGGACACUAUGCUACUCUACUUUAUUUGAACAUCAGAGAUGGUUGGGGUCCAGUAACUCCUCAGGCUACUCUGCUGACUGUCAUUAUUUUCCCACCCUCAAGACCACCCUGAGGCAGAUGCUAAUGGUUUUUCCAGGCAUAGGUGAAGUUUGCUGGGCUCCUAUCCAUAGACUAAAUUAAUCUGAUGUGCAUGAUCACAUAUCCUCUAGUGUCACCUUUGCUGUUAAGAAUUAACUCUUGUUAUGGAGAUCUGACCAAUUAGAAUCAAGAGGUUCACACAGCUGUGUAAUAAAAUGUAAUAAUGUAAUUCAGUCCUGUGUUAUGUACUUUUUGUCCCUUAGUGAGCUGUGUGUCUCAAAGGGGGAUUUUGGGGUCCUCCUCAACAUUUAUUAGUUUAUUUUCAGUGCAGCUCAGCUCAUCCAAUCAGAGGGUCAACUUUGAGUUGUUUGAGGCUGAGCUCUGUCCACUGUGCCCUGUGAAUUAUGGGACAUCUAGUGUAAAUAUCAAAAUACUGUAUUAGUUCAGUCUAUUUACUGCUAUCUCACCAAACUUAACCAAACACUAACAGCCAACGGUUGUACAGAUCAUUGCAGGUAUAUUAGUUAACUACACAUCAAUACAUACCUAACGUAUUCUUGACCUGUACAGGUGGCUGUGAUGUGAGAAGCUGCAUGCAAAUCUGAAUUGUGUUUCUGUUUUAGGAUUAAUGGACACCCAGGAAAUUACGUGCGGAUUGCCAGAUGGAGACUGGAGGAGGUGAGUUGAAGACUCUUGAUCCGUUCAUGAAGUGUGUUUGUGUGCUACACAGGACUAACAGAUAAGCGUUUAUGUUGCUAUGACAGGAUUAAUGUGUGUGUGAAUGUCAUUUACAAAGAGUUCACAUGUGUUUUUUUGUUACGACAUUGGGGACUUAAGUGUGUGUUUGUCUUGCAGUGCCAUCCCAGUGGUUGUUUGACAGACCUGUUCAUCCAGAUGGCGGUCAUCAUGUUGCUCAAACAGACGCUCAAUAACAUCUUUGAGUUCACCGUGCCGUAAGUGUUUUUACAACUGCACCAACUGGAGUAGCUUCUCCUCAUCAGUGACAGUGACCCCACUCAGUGAUCUUGCAAAGUGACCCAAUCACUCAUUAAAAGAUGAGAGUAAUCCAUCUGGGUAUCUUUCCUUCAUGUUGUGGCCCCGCCCCCCUUUGGUUGAGAGUGGUCGAUGUGAAUUUUAUGGCAGUAAUUGAAAAUUCUGUGGCUUUCGGCAGAAUAUUAGCUCAAAAUAAGACAACUGUAUAAUUUAAUGACUCUUGAGAGCCCAAAUCCAACGUCCAGUAAUGCAAACAUAUAAAGCAUGACAUUUAAGAUCAGUGAACAGCAACACAACAUUUAAAAAAUAAUCAAAAUGUUCAAAGGUUUAUGUGAGUGUCCUCUUCGUCUUCCUCCAACAAACUUGAUGAAUGAGAUCUUGUGACCAGAGGAGUCAUGACUGAAAUUGUGUAUAUUUCAGUCGAGUUACCCGAGUCGGGUCGACGCUUUUAAAUUGUCUUUCUUGAUUUUACCAUCUGACACCAUACAGGGCUUUCAGAUUUGGGAUUUCAGUGUCCUGAACUAUUAUAUAGCUCAAGAUUGCAUAGUUUUCAUUUGCUGCCUGUAAAUACAGAUCAACUGCUUUCAUCCAAAAGGGGGCGCAACGUAAGUAUCCAGAAGGAUUGUUCUCAUCUGUAGCAACCCCACACAGUAACUCAUCAAUGACCUUUAACAGCGACUAAGUCAGUGACUUCAAAUAGUGAUUGCUCACGUUAGCUGUGUCCCCAUCCAGAGGCAGGAGUCAUUGAAGGCCACAUUUGAAGACUAAAUGUGUGACAUGGUGUGUCAAAAGCUGUCCAAUUGUUUUAAUUGUUUUUUUGAUUGUUUUUUAUCUUGUUGUUUUGUCUAGUUUUGUACAGCACUUUGUUCAGCUGUGGUUGUUUAAAAGUGCUUAACAAAUAAAGUUGAGUUGAGUUGAAUUUCCAAGGGUCCUCCAAAUGUGGCCUAUAAAUGUGUCCCACUGCUACCUGGCCAUGAAGGCGGCAUUAGAUACAUCCUUUGAAGCCCAACACAUUCUAACAAAGCUUUAUUGUUUGUGCAUCAAUGCAAACAAGACAGGAAAAGACAGAAAUAUUGGUGAGGUGAGCAGGACAUCCUCCAAAGGGAAGGACCUCUUAGUUUGACCUGAUCAGUCUGUGUAGCCCACGAAGGCAGGGUCUUUCAAAGGCUGCAGCCCCUAAGUUGGGACACAGAGUGACCUUACACAACAACCUCAUUGGAGACCUAACAAAGUAUCCUCAUGUAGUGACCCUGUACGAUGACCUUGUAACGUCUUUGGUGAACUUACAGAGGGACCUUACUCCUCACAAUGAAAUUAUACAGUUACAUAAUAGUUGACCUCUCUCACAGUAAGCUCCUCAUCAGCGGUUUGUUUACUAUAACACCUAAAAAUCUGAACCCGUGUGUUGCAGCUGGCUGAAGAGCUGUGUGAGCAGAAACACGUCGAAGAAGCUUCAGAGAAAGUGCGGUUACUGCUACAGGAAGGCGUGCAGAGAUGAGAACGGGCAGAUAGAGCCAUGUGAUAUCUGCAAACUCCGGGACUGGCUGCGAAACUACCAUCUGGCUGACACUGAUGCCUUCAGCCUGUUUAAUGAGUUCCUAGAGAUGGGUAAGAUUUUAGUCUGAUCUGAAGACUGCCUUGUCUGGCUUAGGCUGGUUUAUGACUGCACACUAACAGGACCUGCUGCUGAGUUGUUUUUUUUCCAUCUUGAUACUGUUACUAUAAAGGUUUAGUCCACCAUUUAAGGCUGAAUCCUUAAAUCUUGGUAUUUCAGAGAUGUACCUCUCCAUGUCCCGUCUCUACUCUAGUGGUCCAGUUUAGUUUCACUACUAUAUUUGUGGCUGCGUUCCCCCUCGCCCCCCUGCUGGCUCUCAUCAACAACAUCUUUGAGAUCCGUCUGGACGCUAUCAAGAUGGUCAAACUGGAACGACGGCUUGUUCCUCGGAAGACCAAUGACAUUGGUGAGCUCUGAGUCUGAUCAUUAAUAUCAACGUUUGUAAUCAAGAGGAGGUUUGUGUCUGACUAAAAAGAAGAAACAUUAAUGUCAAAGUGCUAUGUUCUCUCUCUCCAGGUGUGUGGACAAAGGUGUUGGAGGCUAUCGGCGUGUUAGCAGUGAUAGCUAAUGGUCUGGUCAUUGGCAUAACGUCAGACUUCAUCCCUCGCCUUGUCUAUCGUUACCGUUACGGCCCAUGUGCUACCAGCAGACCCCACACACAGUAAGUCAUGACUCAGCAGUUAGAACAGCUGAACCCCAGUCAGGUGUGUGUGCUUCAAGUUGUCUGUGUGUGUAUUUGUUGCAGUUGCAUGCAGGGCUACAUCAACGACACCCUGUCCACAGCGUUCGUGUCUCAUGAGGGAGUCAAGCUGGACUUUCUCCCCGGUCAGAUGGUCACAGAUUACGGACUCAACGUGACGCAAUGCAGGUGAGGAGACAUAAACGCUGUGAAUCAGUGUUUCAUUUGGCAGCCAAUUUAGAGUAGAUCUUGAAGCAAACAUGCAUUUUAAUUUAAGUUACAUAAUCAUUGUAGCCCUUUUUCAUUUGACUCUGGUCUAGUCGUCAAAUUCGACACAUUUUAGUGUCACCACACUUAAGUCGUUGCCCAUUGUGAAAACACUUUUUCUCUUUACAAUCGUACAGAGCAGAUCAAAAAUUGUUUUACCAAGUGUUUAACUCUGCAAAGCAACCUUUCCGUCUUUAUCACCUCCACUUGAGUAAAAUCAAGAAUUCUUUCCUAUAAUAGGAAAUUAAUAAUUUCACACGGACUCACCCACAAGCUGGAUUCAAUGGUCAUUUUGUCGUGGUUUUUGUCCUUUUGCAUUAGUUUUCAUUAUCAUUGACUUACCGUCUUGUUUUUGUCAAUUAAAAAAUGUGGCAAAAUAAAUAUACGUGUGUGUGUGUGUGUGUGUGUGUGUGUGUGUGUGUGUGUGUGUGUGUGUGUGUGUGUGUGUGUGUGUGUGUGUGUGUGUGUGUGUGUGUGUGUGUGUGUGUGUGCAGUUACAGGGACUACCGGAAUGACGACUACACUCUGACUUCACAGUUCUGGUUGGUUCUUGCGAUACGCUUCGCCUUCGUCAUUUUGUUUGAGGUCAGAGCUCUGAGUCAAAAAUUAUCAUAUCUACGCCAUUUUUGAGUCUCAUAUUCUGUAAACUAAAUACCUUUUAUUGAUUGAUUAUUUUAUUGAUUGUGUCCAUAGUUGUCCCAGUUAUACUACUAGUUAUAUAACUUUUGAACAAUUCAUCAAAAUGUACUGUCACUUCAUCGAAAUUGAUAAUAUUGGCUCAAAUCUUCCAAUUGUCAUAAAGUUGUGCAUCACCUUUUUACUAUACCUGUUGCUUUGUACAUACAGUUUAAGUCUGAUUUAACUUCAUUUCAAACCCACUGUGCCUGUGUGUCUGCAGCAUGUCGUAGUUGUGUGUAAGUUUAUCGCUGCUUGGUUCGUCCCCAACAAUCCAAUCCAGGUGAAGAACGAUCGACUGCAUGACAAACUUGCUCGCCUCAAAGAGGAGCUACGGUGAGCCCUAAAGAACAAAUUUCAGAUCAUAUGAAACAUAUAAAAUAAGUAAAAGUACUGAAAACAGUAAUAAUCAUUUAUAUCAAACAGACGUGACUGUCUGCUGAGGUAUUCAAACUUUAGGAUGUGUGUGUUUUUUCUUUUUCAGUGAAAUGAAACGCAGUAAAUCCACAGACGUCUGA